UUUGGUAAUUGUUUGAAGAAGAAUAGUUGGUGAAGUUUGUCUCUGAAGUUAUCUAUUAAAAAAAACAAAAGCAUUUGGUGUUUUACUUCAUUUGAAGGUCUCCAUGUAUUUUUCUUCCUUGUGUUGAAGUUCCUCCAAUUUCUUUUGUUAAACAGCUGAAGUAGUGAAGAAGUGGCAACUAGAGUGUUUCCAAGAAAGCUCAAAAGUGUAAAUUUCUCAGUUCUUUCAAAUCCUUUUUGGUGAUGUUGUUGUUGUUGUAAAUUCUAUGGAUACAGAGUUUGAUGUUGGCUUACUGAAAUUUUCAUUUCAGCUGAAGUAGUGAAGAAGUGGCAACUAGAGUGUUUCCAAGAAAGCUCAAAAGUGUAAAUUUCUCAGUUCUUUCAAGUCCUUUUUGGUGAUGGAAAAAUAUUUAGGACUUAAAAAUCUUCUAGUUUUGCUUGUUUUAUUGCUCUCAAUUAGCAUCUCAGAGCAACUACAAUCUUCACAAGGAAAGACCCUAUUGAGGAUUCAAAAUCUUCUGAACUAUCCAAAUGUUUUGAGUAAUUGGAACAAUGAUACUGAUUUCUGUAACACUGAGCCAAGUUCAACUGUUACUGUUACCUGUUAUGAGGAAAACAUAGCUCAGCUUCAUAUAAUCGGGAGCAAAGGGGCUUCUCAGUUACCAAAUAAUUUCUCGAUCGAUUCGUUUGUCAUUACACUUGUUAAGCUUUCUAGUUUGAAAGUUCUAAAAUUAGUUUCUCUUGGUUUAUAUGGACCAUUGCCUAGUAAACUUUCAAGACUUUCAUCAUUGGAGAUACUUGACCUUAGUUCAAAUUUCUUUCAUAGUGACAUACCUCGAGAAAUUUCAUCGUUAACGAGCCUCCAGAGUUUAAUACUAGAUGGGAAUAAGUUCACUGGAAGACUUCCAAAUGGACUUGGUUCACUUGUUGUUUUGGCAGUUUUGAGUGUAAAGAACAAUUCUUUAGAAGGACAUUUACCUGAUAUGCUCGGAAAUUUGCAUAAUCUUCGCGUACUUUCACUUUCAAGGAAUAAUUUUACUGGUGAUGUGCCUGAUCUUAGCAGUCUAGAAAACCUUCAAGUUCUAGACUUGGAAGAUAAUUCUCUUGGUCCGAAAUUUCCACAAGUUAGCAGCAAAAUCCAAAGCCUUGUGUUGAGGAACAAUAAGUUCACUGCAGGAAUACCGGAGAAAGUUCAAUCUUACCAUCAGCUUGAACAUAUGGAUAUUUCUUCAAACAGAUUUAUGGGGCCAUUUCCUCCGUCUCUGCUGUCUUUGCCAUCGAUCACUUAUCUCAACGUUGCAGGAAACAAGUUAACGGGAAUGCUUUUUGAAGAUAAUCAAUGCAAUGCCGGAUUAGAUUUUGUGGAUCUAUCGACUAACCUGUUGAGUGGAAGAUUACCUAGUUGCCUUCUGACAGGCCCUAAGCACAGGAUCAUGCGUUUCUCUAACAACUGUUUAGCAACCGGAGACAGAACUCAACAUCCAUUUUCUUUCUGUCGGAAUGAGGCGUUGGCUGUUGGUAUCUUAACUCAUCAUCAUAAACAUAUAACAGGUUCACAAGUGGUUCUUGCAUUGAUCAUUUGUGGUAGCAUCAUUGGUGGAGUAAUGCUAGUUUGCGCGACUAUUAUAGUAGUAAGAAAAUUUCUUUCAAAGAUAGCUGCACCAAAAAAAACAACAAGAUCAAUAGUAGAAAAUGCAUCAUCUACAUAUACCUCAAAGUUAUUCACAGAUCCAAAAUAUGUUACUCGAACAAUGAAGCUGGGAUCACUCAGCCUUCCAUCUUAUCGGACCUUUUCAUCGGAAGAGCUUAAGGUGGCAACAAACAACUUUGAUGCAUCAACUUUUAUAGGCAACAGUUUUGAUGAUCAGAUGUACAGAGGUCAGCUGAAAGAUGGUUCAUCAAUUGCCAUUAGAUGCCUGCAAACGAAACGAAAAAAUAGUAGUCAAAAUUUUAUGCAUCAUAUAGAAUUGAUGUCAAAACUCAGACAUCAUCAUCUGGUCAGCACUCUUGGACACUGCUUCGAGUGUUACUUGGAUGAUUCGAGUGUUAGCAGGAUAUAUCUCGUCUUUGAGUAUGUACCAAAUGGGACCCUAAGGAGUUGGAUCUCCGAUAAACAUGCUAAACGGAGAUUAACGUGGACACAACGUAUAGCAGCUGCUAUAGGAGUAGCAAGGGGAAUUCAGUUUUUGUUUACUGGAAUUGUACCUGGUAUAUUUUCAAAUAAUUUGAAGAUAACAGAUAUUUUGUUGGAUCAGAACUUUGUUGCCAAAAUUUGCAGCUAUAAUUUGCCUAUUCUGGAUGAGAAUGUAAAGGAGCUGAAGUGUACAAGGGCUAAUUCUGAAGAAAAGAUAGUUGUAUUUGACUUUGGAGUAAUAUUAUUGGAGAUAAUUUGUGGGAAGCGGAUAAAUACCAAGAAUGAAGUGAGUGUUAUACAAAAUCAGUUGGAAGAGAGCAUAAUGGCUAAUGCAGUGUCAAGAAAGAAUGUGGUUGAUCCAGCAAUUAGAAAUUCGUGCUCGGACGAGUCAUUGAAGACAAUGAUGGAGAUUUGCUGCAGGUGUUUAGUACAAGAUACAGAAGAUAGGCCUUCAUUUGAAGAUGUAAUAUGGAAUUUGCAGUUUGCUGCUCAAGUUGGGGAUUCAUGGAGAAGGGACUCUUCAAGUAGCGAUGCCUCUCCAAUUUCACAUCUCUACGACUUUCGACCCAACUUGCCACGAAAAAGCAAUAGCAAUAGCAAUAGCUCGUCUGUGUGAGCUUGCUCACAUUGCCAGUUCCAAGCCCGGAUAAAGGAGGAGAGUUGUUGUAGGCUGUUAGCCUGCGUAAAACUUGUCAAUUCAUAAUGAUAAUGACGUGAGUUGAGCUUGAUGGAGUAGUGAAAGAUUCAUAUAACCGAAUCCAUUUGAAAGUAGUCAGUUGCUAAAAGCAUACAACAAUUUGUCCCUGCCUGCUCUCAGAGAUCUCUAGGCCAUGAAAUAAGUGAAGGAAUAUAAUUUUCUGUAUAGAUAAACUUGACAAUACUUUUAAGUUUUCAGAGUUCCAAUCAAAUUUUUGAAUUAGUUCUGGACACAUUUUAUCCAUUGAAUUAUCGAAAUGGUUGAAUCCUUUA